AUUGAUAAUUAAAAGACAACACACGUGCGGCCGACCAGAUGCAGUGUUUUAAACUGUUUAGAACUCAGUUUAGGAUAUUGUGAAAAGAAAAAAUGAAAGGGUUUGUUCCUUGCUUGACUUGGGUAAAGAAAGGAGUGGCCAAAGCUACACCUGAUAAGGUGCAAGUAACUAAAGAGGAACUUGAGAAGAUUAUAAAAGAUACAAAGCAGGGCAUUGCAAAUGCAGAGUUAGGAGAUGAAGAAGAAGAUGAUGGAGACCAAGUACACGAUAUGGAAGGAGAUGCUGAUUUAAUAGCCACAGGAGGAAAGAAGAAGAUAAAGAAAAAGAAAAGAAAGGAGGAACCUGAAAAGGAUGAUGUUGAGGAGGAAGAUGUUGAUGACAUAAUUGCUGAAUAUGGCCUGGAAAAUUAUGAUGAAGAUGAGGAAGUCUCUUCUCCUUGGGAUGGAAUUGCUGGUCUGACAUAUUAUGCAAGCAAUGAUGAUGAUCCAUAUAUUACAUUGAAGGAUGAGCAGGAUGACAGUGAUAAUGAAGAUUUUACGAUAAAACCUACUGAUAAUUUAUUGGCGGUAGCCAGAGUUCAACAAGAUUGCACUCUGUUAGAAAUACAUGUGUACAAUGAGGAGGAGGCAAACUUUUACUGCCACCAUGACAUUAUACUCCCAUCUUUUCCCCUGGCAUUAGAGUGGUUGAAUUAUGACCCAGGGGAACAGCAGACAGGAAAUAUGCUGGCAGUGAGUAGUAUGGAACCAACUAUAGAUCUCUGGGAUCUUGAUGUUAUAGAUUGCUUAGAACCAACAUUCACGUUGGGAACUAAAGUGAAGAAAUCCAAAAAGAAAAAGAACAGUGCUACUGCUGCUGGUCACACAGAUGCUGUUUUGGACCUUUCUUGGAAUAAGGAAGCACGCAAUGUUCUGGCAAGUGGAUCUGCAGAUUUUACCAUAGGGCUUUGGGAUCUGUCACAGGGAACUAUGGUAACCUCUAUAAGACAGCACAAAGAGAAGGUGCAAACUUUAGAAUGGCAUCCAUUUGAAGCACAGUCUUUGUUGAGUGGAUCUUUUGAUCAGACUGUGAAAGUGUAUGACUGCAGAUGUCCCAAUGAUACUCACAAGACAUGGCAGUUAAAAGGCGAGAUAGAACGUGUGACCUGGAAUCAUUUCUCCCCCUUUCAUUAUUUGGCUAGUACUGACCAGGGUUUUGUGUAUUAUGUAGAUGCCAGAAUGGACAAACCAGUCUUCACACUUAGUGCACAUGACAAGGCAGUUACAGGUCUACGUCUGAGUAGUCAGGUGCCUGGGCUGCUGGUAACGUCUUCUGCUGACAAAGCCUUCAAAGUCUGGGACAUUGAAAAUAACAAGCCAGAAUGUAUACUUGACAAACAGUUAGGAAUGGGUGAACUCCAGUGUGUAGCAGACAAUCCAGAUGCUGCCUUUGUAUUUGCUAUAGGAGGGGAGAGUGCCUUAAAGGUUUGGGAUAUACGGGAAAGUGCUGCAGUGAGGAAGCAUUUUGAAGGCAGAAAUGGUUCAAAUUUGGUGAAUGGAGCAGAAGUCCCAAUGGAUGUGGAUGCAGUAUCAAUGGGAAGUCUGUCUUUACAGCCUAAGGACUCACAGCCACAGAGUAAAGACUUGGAUAAAUGUCAAACAGAAGAAAAGAAAAAGAAGAAGAAAAAGAAGAAAAAGAAGCCCAUGGGUACACAAUGAUUUUAUACAGUAUGCAUG